AUGGCCUCUUCCAAGAAGGCUCCUGGCUGGGCCCCUGGCCUGGCCCCCACGGGCAGCGGCUGCUUCCCUGUGGUGGCCAAGAGGCUGCCGGUCCUGUCCUGGCUCCCCCAGUACUCGCUGUUGUGGCUGAAGCUGGACCUCAUCGCUGGGCUUUCGGUGGGGCUCACGGUCAUCCCCCAGGGCCUGGCCUACGCCGAGGUGGCCGGGCUGCCCCCGCAGUACGGCCUCUACUCGGCCUUUGUGGGAGGCUUCGUGUACUUCGUCCUGGGCACCUCCCGAGACGUGACGCUGGGCCCCACGGCCCUCAUGUCGCUGCUGGUCUCGGCCUACACCCCUCACCAGCCGGCCUUCGCGGUGCUCUUGGCCUUCCUGUCCGGCCUCAUCCAGCUCGCCAUGGGCUUCCUACGUCUGGGCUUCCUGCUAGAUUUCGUCUCCUGUCCCGUCAUCAAAGGGUUCACAUCUGCAGCCGCUGUCACCAUCAGCUUCGGGCAGCUCAAGAAUGUGCUGGGCCUGCAGAACAUCCCCCGCCAGUUUCUCCCGCAAGUGUACCACACCUUCCGCCAGCUCCCGGAGACCAGGCUGGGUGACGCGGCAUUGGGGCUAACAUGCGGGCUGCUGCUGCUGUUGCUGAAACCACUUCGGGGACACGUGGCGCCCCUGGGCCCCAGCUCGUCCUGUGCUCAGCGCUUCAGCCAUGCGCUGGUGUGGACGGUCAGCACAGCCCGGAACGCCCUUGUGGUCACCUGUGCUGCCCUGGUUGCAUACUCUCUGGAGGUGGCUGGAUAUCAGCCUUUCCUACUGACUGGGGAGACGGCCCGUGGGCUACCCCCUAUCCGACUGCCUCCCUUCUCUGUGCCCACUGCAAACGGAACAGUCUCCUUCACUGAGAUGGUACAGGACAUGGGUGCUGGGCUGGCUGUGGUGCCCCUCAUGGGCCUCCUGGAGAGCAUUGCUGUGGCCAAGUCCUUCGCAUCGCAGAACGACUACCACAUCGAUGCCAACCAGGAGCUGCUGGCCAUCGGUCUCACCAAUGUGCUGGGGUCCCUGGUGUCUGCCUACCCAGUGACUGGCAGCUUCGGACGAACAGCUGUGAAUGCCCAGUCUGGGGUGUGUACCCCUGCAGGGGGCCUGGUGACAAGCAUCCUGGUGCUGCUGUCGCUGAAGUACCUGACCUCGCUCUUCCGCUACAUCCCCAAGGCCGCCCUGGCCGCUCUCAUCAUCAUGGCCGUAGCCCCCUUAUUUGACACCCGGAUCCUGGGGCUCCUGUGGCGAGUGAAAAGGCUGGACCUGCUGCCUUUCGGUGUCACCUUCCUGCUGUGCUUCUGGGAGGUGCAGUAUGGCCUCCUGGCGGGGGUGCUGGUGUCCCUGCUGCUGCUCCUGUACCCAGUGGCCAGACCCAGGCUGCAGGUGUCCGAGGGCCCCCUGCUGGUGGUCCAGCCGGCCAGUGGCCUGCACUUUCCGGCCGCUGAUGCCCUCCGAGAAGCCGUCCUCAGCCGUGCCCUGCAAGCGUCCCCUCGCCGCUGCGCUGUACUCGAGUGCAGUCACAUCUGCAGCGUAGACUACACAGCGGCUCUGGGCCUCGGGGCGCUCUUGGAGGAUGCGCAGAAGCAAGGAGUCAGCCUGGCCUUCGUGGGCCUGCAGGUCCCUGUCCUCCGAGUUCUGCUGGCGGCGAAUCUGCAAGGCCUGCGGCACUUCUCAAGCCUGGAGGAAGCAGAGAAAAGCCUGAUCCGAGAUCCGGGGUGCGGGUCCCACCACCUGGAUGAGGCCAGUUCUCCUGAGCACUGGGCCUGAGCGCCGGGCACCUUCCCCUGCCCACGAGUCUCCAUUGGCAUCGGAUGAACCGGCACUGCCUCCCACAUAGGCCACCUGCAUGGGGCCCUGGGGCUCCCUUGGGGACUGAGCAGUUCCCUGUGUCCCUUGGUGCCUGGGAAGGAGUCCCAGUGGCGAGAAUGAUUGGCCAGCGUGGGAAGGUGGCUGGAGCCAGUCUAAGCCGAAGCUCAGGAUCCCCCGGACAUGCCGAGACCUGUCAGUUUCCUGGUCUCCAGGAAAAGCAGGGUCACACGCCCUUCCUGAAGAGCCACGGGGCCCCAUGUGGGCCUCAGCAGCCCCAUGUGGCAGGCAGAAGUGUGCCCGGCUGGGACAGGCCAGGAGACCUGCCACUU